AUGUCACGAAGAGCACAAGUUGAAAAUAUCGAAAAAGAAGACGCAAAAGCGGAGCUUCCGAAAUUAGAAGAGGAAAAAAAGGUGUUGGAAAAACAAUUUGAUGAAGCGCUCGAAAAAGGUGAAAAUGCUGACAAUGACAUGGAUGCAGCUAUACAAAAUAAAAUUGCUGACAGCUUGGAGGCAGAUUUACAAGAUCUCAACAAAGAGAUCGAAGAAACAAAGGCAAAAGCUGAUGAUAAAUCACCAUAA